CUUUAGUCAUCUGUCAAUUUAUCUACACCUUCCUUUUUAGGAAAAAUUGUAGUAAUUGAUAGUACCAAAUGGAUAGUUUUUCACUCAGUAAUGAUUAUUAAAAGGCCUAAUUCGACAUUUAAACGUUGGUUUAAACGAGGUGCAGUAACAAUAAUUGUGAUAGACGCACUGUCUUGUGUUGGAAGUUACUUUAUUUGGCGUAAAAUCAACACCGAAAGAGAUUUUAGGAGAUAUCUACACGACAACUACCCGUUCGUACUAGAGGGUUACUACAAAAUCGGCGAAACCAUCGAUUCCCAAAGCCAGAUAAGGAAAAUCGACUGGGAACAUUGGAACAAAGGGGCUUAAUGAUCGGCAGAGGGGCCAGAUCGCUAUUCUGGUUAGCGGUUUGUGGUGGAACUAGUUACGUUUUGCUCACGGUAAUUCCGCAAUCGGAAGAACAAAUCAAUAAACUUCGAGAGAAACAAAAUCCGCAGGAAAGGAAGGCCAGCGAAGAUAAAGCGAGAUCGUUUAUGAAUAUACUGAGUUCCGCAUCGCAUACCGACAAGCCCUUUAACAAAUUAAACUUUUUAACCCAAAGAGAAACCGAGAGGCAAUUGAACGUACGCAAAAAGAAGGAUACGAAGGGUUCCACCGGAGCGGAUAACGAAAAAUUGGAAUUCUUCGAAUCGUUGUUCGCUGAAAAGAGAUUGUACAUAGAAAAUCUAAUAGAACUAACCAAAAGCGUACCGAUCGACGAAUUACCCGAGCACUUUAACCUUAUUUUAAAAGAAAUAGUCACUCUACAGAAAUAUGUAGCAGCUUCAAAUAUAUUCAUAAGAAACUACGAUGUCGAACGGUGCCAGAACAUUUUACAAGAUUUAACCUUAAAAUCGAAGCGAUUGGAAGACGAAUUGCUGCCCAAAAAGAAGUUUUCGUUCAAAAACCGAGCGAAACAAAGCCCCCAAGCGACCUCGAUUAAACCCAAAAGCACCGAUGUAGUCGAUAACAAAAUCAAAAUCGAACCCGACAAAAUCACCACGGGAUUCUUCGAUAAACGCAACGAAACCCUAACACUAUCCAGCACCGAUUUAUUCCAGAAAGACAUCACUUUAGAGAACCUGGAAUCCUGCACGGUGAUCCUCAAAGGCACCCCGUCCACGUUACAUUUGAACCGACUCAACGAUUGUAAAAUAUUCUGCGGACCCGUCAGUACGUCUGUGUUCGCAGAAAACUGCGAAAACUCCACGUUAGUGAUAGCCUGCCAACAGCUGAGGCUCCACGGCUCCAAGCACACCGAUAUCUACCUGUACGUGACCAGCAGGGCCAUCAUGGAGGACUGCUCGGAUAUAUCGGUGGCCCCUUACAAUUGGACGUACGAUGGCAUCGCGGACGACUUUCAAAGCGCCUCGUUCGAUUCGGCAGCCAACAAUUGGACCAGCAUAGACGAUUUUAACUGGUUGAAUCGCAAGCACUCGCCCAAUUGGAAGGUGAUCGAUGAAUCGAAUCGAGUCACCGACUGGAAUCUUAUAUAG